UAAUCACACUGGUAGGAAAUUAGAGCACAUUGGUCCAGAAGAGGUUGGUUAUCUGGGGUGACAUGAAGGCAUCGAGAAUACUUCGAGAAUUUUGUGUAAUGUGUUUGUCACGCCUAAUUUCUCUGUUGUGUCUGUCAAUGUGUAUUGGACAUGUGCAAUGUAGUCCUGUGACAAAUCAUGGAAAUGAAGUCUUUGGAGAUUUGUAUGCCGAUGCCAUAAACUAUGCCCGAGAUAAUCCAGAAACAUUAGAAGCGAUACUUGCCUUUGACAAGGCCAUCGUUGAGGGAGACAUAAUUAUGCCAUCAAACAGGAACGCCGUUGAUGCCGUCUGGCCAGCCGUCAACGGAAAGGUCUCUGUGGCGUUUGUGAUCCACCCCGAUUUAGUUUACAACUGUGUUUGCCCAGUCGAUAUGACUGACAGCAUGCUGAAGGCGAUGGAGAUAUUGUCUGAAAACGCCUGUGUGUCCUUUCACAAACGAAGCACAGAACCAGACUAUAUACAUUUCUACCCAAGCAAGGGUUGUGCAUCCUAUGUGGGGUACCAAGGCGGAGAGCAAAAGUUAUACGUUGGGCCAAUGUGCAACGUUGGAAAUAUAGCACAUGAGAUACUGCAUGCUCUGGGGUUCCAUCACGAACAUACGCGGCUGGACCGCAACGAACAUAUCGAGGUCAUUGAAAACAACAUUCAGAAAGGAAAGCGCAGUAACUUCAAAAUGAAAGAUGGAAAAACUUUUGGAAUUCCUUACGAUACUUCUUCGAUUAUGCACUACGGACGACAGUACUUCUCUAAAAAUGGAUUGCCCACCAUCAAGCUGUUGAAGCAUAGCAGCGAUAUGGGACAAAGGACUCACCUGACUCCACAUGAUAUGAAAAGAAUCAGAGUCCUCUACCAAUGUGCUGGAACGGGAGAAAUGGAUGACAAGCUGUCGAAGGAAAAGGAAGACACAUUUCUCAAAAUGUUUGAUCGACUAAAGAAAUUGUAUUUGGACGUACCAGGAGUCUCUGCCGAUUUCAAUACCUACCAACCAGUUGGAUGAUGGGUUGGAUAUCAGUCGUUUUUUAUUUGUAGCCUACACGAUGGCUUCACUUUUUUUUGGUAUUGGCUAAAAUUGUAACUCUCCUAAAUGAUAAAAAGCGUUU